AUGAACAAAAAAAGAAAAAAAAGAGUCCUGAGUUUGGAGUCCUGUAGUACUGUUUUUUUUUCCCUUUUUUGGGCUCAAUGCACUGUUUUGUUUGUGUUGAUUAAUCAAUCAAUUCACUAUUGAAUGUUGAUUGGUACGGACACCAACCAAAAAGGGUACACAAAGAAUUAAAACCCAAAAUAGAAAGAACUCAAAAAGGCGCUUAAACUGUAGAGCCAGCAAGACAGCCUUAAAAGUAGUUCUUCUAGGGUUUCUAACCAAACAGAACUUAAGGAGAGAAAGAGAGAAUAUUCAAACUUAGGGCUUUUCACAGAGAGAGAGAAUCAUGGGCCGUCUUCGUCCAAGAGAAAGGCCAGCCUUUUCUGGCUUUACAAAGGCUGAGAUUGAGAAAAUGGAAAAAUUGCUAAAGGAAUCAGGAGAACAGUUGCUGAACCGAGAAAUAUGUCAAAGAAUUGCAAAAGGUUUUAAUCGCUCAUCUGGUCGUGCUGGGAAACCUAUUGUUAAAUGGAAUGAGGUACAUAGUUGGUUCCAAAAUCAGCAGCAAAAUGUACCGGAAGCCUCUAAAAAUCUGCCCGUGCUCCCAAAAGCUAGCCCUUCUAAUGGGACAGAUGAAAACUUGGAAAGGCCUAAAGAAGAUAGUUCAAAAGCAGGAGAAAGAAUCCCAGAUAGUUUAGAAGCAGGCAAAAGGAUCCCAGCCUUAUUAGAGUUGGAAUUUGAGGCAAGGUCAUCAAAAGAUGGAGCAUGGUAUGAUGUUGAUGUGUUCCUUGCCCACAGAUUUCUUUCUGGUGAAUUUGAAGUUUGUGUCAGAUUUGUUGGAUUUGGUGCUGAGGAAGAUGAGUGGGUCAAUGUGAAAAAGUCAGUGCGGCAACGCUCUAUUCCUUUGGAGCAUUCAGAGUGUCAUAAAGUGAAGGUUGGGGACCUUGUCCUCUGCUUCCAGGAGAAAAGAGAUCAAGCAAUCUACUAUGAUGCUCAUGUUUUAGAAAUCCAAAGGAGACUGCAUGAUAUAAGGGGUUGCAGGUGUCUUUUCUUGCUUCGAUAUGAUCAUGACGACUCUGAGGAACGAGUGCGUUUGAGGAGAUUAUGUCAUGUGCUGCGCUAAUAAUUUUUGGUAAUUUUUGAGGUCACUUUGUCUGCGAGUUGCAUGGGAAUAUGGAUACUCCAAGGGGCAGUUUACUUCAAGGAACAAUAUAUGGAUACCAGGAAACCAAUGUGGGGGGUAAUCUUUUGCUCAGUCUUUUUUAUGCCUCAAGCUGAGUAAGGAUAUGAGAACUCGAGGAAAAUAUACAUGGAAGCUUGUGCUGAUGUGAUUACCAUGUAUCUGUUGUUAUGAUCGCAACUGUACCAAUGGAAAGCACAUCUGCAAUCGCAAUAGCCUUUACUAGUGUACCAUUUUACCAUAUUUUCCCCCACAUUCACGUUAUUUCGACCAUUCCAUGUAACGGUUCUAAUAUGAGAUUGCCUUUACUGAUAAUGAAAUUGGCCUAGAGCAACCCCUCGCACUUGUGGGUCACAGUAUAAUCUUUGGUGAAAAUACUAUUUUGGGAUAAUUGUUAAUUUUGGUUUUACAUUUUGGUAGUAA